AAAAAAGCAAAAUCAUGAAACGAAGAAUAUGUGCUUGCUGAAGAGUGGAAUUGAAGAUCGAUAGGAAGAGGAAGAUGCGAUGGUAGUUUGAAGUGACCAUGUCUCAGAACGCAGGGUACCUCAGUAAUGGUAGGGUGGAUAUAGGCCUACUGCGUCAAUCACUGAGAGCCGAGUUCGUUGAGUGUCUUACACGAUGUGAUGGUUCGAAGGCAAUCGUGUGGGAUGAUCAACUAACAUCACCGUUCACACUGGUAACCGAGUAUGCCCUGCUCAAGGCCCAUGGCGUGGACAAGAUGUAUCCGCUGCGGCGUGGUGCCCUGCCGUCGUGUGAAAUGCAGCAUAUCAUCUUCUUGACACGACCUCACCUGCCAAAUAUGGAGAUGAUAGCGGACAAUAUCAGAGCGGCAGCUAAGGACCGGCUGAAGGAAUUCAGCGUGUUUUUCAUCCCACGCAAAACAAUGCUUUGUGAACGGCGACUAGAGGAACUCGGUGUGUAUGGUAACCUGACGAACAUUGAUGAGUACAACCUGGACAUUCUGCCUGUUGACAGUGAUCUGCUAUCGUUAGAGCAGCCGCUCUCGUUCCGGGAGUGCUACUUAGAACAGGACUACACCAGUCUGUUCUACGUUGCACGCUCACUCAUGACCCUGCAGGCGCUGUAUGGCACGAUACCCAACUUGAUCGGCAAGGGUGUUUGCUCCAGACAAAUCAUCGAUAUGAUCCUGCGAAUGCGGCGCGAAUCCACGUCCCUGAAGUCCAGUGUCAUGCCCCAGAUUGACAAUCUGAUCCUGGUGGACCGGAGUACAGACUUGCUCACACCCAUGCUCUCUCAGCUGACGUAUGAGGGGCUGAUCGACGAGAUAUUUGGCAUUCAAAACUGUUCUGUCAAGUUGCCGCCUGAGAAGUUCUUGUCCUCCGAACAAGAGGAGAAGAACAAGGCCAGUGGGGUUGUUCCCGGACCGAAAGUACUCGUUCUCAACUCCGGUGACGAGAUGUUUGGUGAACUGCGUGAUCUCAACUACCAGGCAGUCGGUCCUCUUCUCAGCCGGAGAGCCAAGCGUGUCACGUCGCAGAUGGAUGAGAGACACGAAGCGAAGACUGUGCGUCAGCUGAAGCAGUUUGUGAAUCGUUUACCACACUUGCAGUCAAUGCGACAGGCUGUCAGCACACAUACAUCAAUAGCAGAGCUUAUCAAGGAGCAAGUAUUCAGUGACGACUUUAUGAAUACGUUACGAGCAGAGCAAGAACUUAUCGGCGGAGUUGACACUGACAAGGUUCACCCUCUGAUUGAGACUCUCAUUGCCAAGAAAGCCCCCAUUGUGAAGGUGCUGCGUCUUCUUUGCAUCCAUUGCAUAUCGAAUAAUGGCUUCAAGGCAAAGCUCAUGGACUUCUACAAACGAGAGAUCAUACAGACGUAUGGCAUGCAUCACAUGAUCACACUGGACUCAAUGGAGAAAGUCGGCCUCCUCUUUGUAAAGACGACGGCGGUAUUCACACAGCUGCGCAAGUCACUGCGCCUCAGUGUGGACAAUGUAGAUGAAGUGAAUCCGCAAGACAUUUCCUACGUGUACUCUGGCUAUGCACCGAUAAGUGUGCGCAUUGCACAGAACAUUGCCAAGCCUGGUGGACUACGCAACAUUGAGGCGUUGCUGCGCUUGCUUCCUGGACCGCUGACUGAAGAGAAGCAGAGCGUGCCCGUGGGUCUGCAGUCUAAGAAGGCACCAUCGGCAGCAGGGAUGACGCUGAUUUUCUUCCUGGGAGGUAUGACACACGCGGAGGUGUCCGCCCUGCGCUUCUUGGCUUCUGAGGAUGGUCUAACCGACUAUCUCAUCGCCACCACUCAGAUGAUCAACGGAACAUCACUAAUAGAGACUCUUGUUGAGAAGAACCCAUUGGGCGAGGACGGUGAUGAAGGAGCAGCAGCUGCUGCAUCCGCACCAUCGUCUUCAGGACGAUGAUGUGUCUCCGUUCUUACACACCAUGUGAGUUCCUUGGAAGCCUGUCAAUUCUAUCUGCACCUGCCAUGGCGGUGGCAGCGGACAUUAUAUAUUUUCACAUACAAGAUUGGUCAUGAAACGCUCCGUGUUGCUUGGUACGCUACUGCGCUCGUGGGGUUUGCUUUUUUAAGAGCACUAGCUUGCAUACACACUUUCUCUUGCUGUAGGUCCUUGCUGGCUCCAUUGCCACGUUGUCCUGUGUUCAUCAGGUUCCAUAUAUCGAUACACAAUACCAACUUUUACCUCCCCCCCCCCCCCCUCACAUCACCUACAUGUAGUGUAACUAGUAGGACCCACAUGCAUACUUGUUGCAAGUACAAACAACUCCAAACAAACCAUGAAAGCUGUAGACGCAUGAGAACUUUGCUUGCCCGGGUAGCCCCUACAAUUAUCAGUGGAUGUAUCAAGUCUCCGAUAUUAUUCCACUGCUCCUGCAGAAACUGGCCACACACUCGGCCGUUCGUUUGUUUUUUUAUUUCAAUUUUAUAAUAAAUCUUCGCCACACUGCAAGCGUGCAGGAUUUUGCUUCUAAAAAGUGGUCCUGCGUGGAACCACGUUGCCUUGACUCGCUCAAUAUUCUAUUUGAUUUUUUCUUUUCUAGUACCCAAAUAUUUUUGUCAAUAUCUGAUUUCUGUGGAGUGUUUUCUGAAUUUUUACAAUGCCAUUCUGUAACCAUGA